AUGGUUGUCAAAAUAUAUAUAAGUGGUAUUUCAGGAAACAAGGAGGUGAAAAAGAGGCAACAACGUGUAUUGAUGAUCUUAGAUUCAAAAAACAUAAAAUAUGAUGUCAUUGACAUAACGGAACCAGGAAAAGAAGAUGACAAAGAAUUCAUGCAAAACAAUUCCAAGUCGAACGGAGGCACCGUCAGUGACCCGAACCCGCGCUCUGCGCUUCCUCCCCAAAUCUUUAAUGACGAUGAAUACUGUGGGGAUUAUGACCAGUUUGACUUAGCUAAUGAAAUAGAUACCUUGGAACAGUUUCUGAAAUUAGAAAUGCCUCCAGAAGAACCACCUCAAGCUGAUACUCAAGAGGCAAAGGUUCUAAAUGGUGAUGUUGAGAAACAAAAUGAGGAAAGUAAAUCAAAAGAAAAUUCGCCUGCCAAGGAAAUUGAUGGUGAUAAAGCAGAGGAGACGAAGGAGGGCGAUGAUGGUGAUAAGGCUCCAGUUAGCAAGGAUAGCGGAGAAGAUGAUGUAGGGGAACCCAAGGAAGAGAGUGAAACCAAACCCAAAACACCAUCAAGAGAAACCUCUCCAACUGAUAAAGUAAGUUCUAAAGAGCCAUCCCCUGCAAAGGCAGAAGAAAUAAAUGAAACAAAACAGGAAUCUGGGAAAGAAGUUUCACCAGAAAGACAAAAAUCGGUAGAAAAGGAAGUGUCUUCUACAGAAAAAGAAAACUCCCCAGAAAAAGAAAAAUCCCCAGAAAAAGUUGUGGAAGCUGCCUCAGAAAAGUCCAAAGAAAGUUCACCUGAGAAAGAUGUUUCUGUCAAUGAGAAUGGUACAGUUAGCUCCCGUGAACAAUCUGAAGAGAAAGAAAGUGUUCCAGAAAGUAAAAAAGAAAGCCCAUCAGAGGAUCUGAUAAAGAAUGAGCAGGCUGCUGCUGCUGAAUAA